UCGCGGAGUGUGAAUCGAUCCGUUGGACUAUGGAGAAGAAUGUCAGCAAAAAAGAGGAGCCCGAGCUGAGGCUUCAUAUCAGGCAGCUGAUGACAGCUCUCUGCCCCCUGCUAGGUGUCUUCGUGGCGGGCCUUUCGUCAGGGUACAGCGCUGUGCUGCUACCUCAGCUGAACUCGCCGACUUCGAGGCACAAUCGUACAUCGACGAAUUUCACUUCUGACAGCGAUAUCACGGUGUCCAGCAUCGACGAGGAAUCUUGGAUUGCGUCGUCGACGAUCCUCUUAAUGACGCCGGGCUGCUGGCUAUCUGGAUUCCUGAUGGAGAAGUUGGGUAGAAAGAGGUCCACGAGUGUCCUCUUCCCUGUGUCUUUGAUCGGAUGGCUGACAAUUGGCCUAUCCAACAACAUCGCUUGCCUGCUAAUCGGAAGGCUAAUCUCCGGCUUGUCUGCAGGAGCUUUCGGCCCGGUAACUACAGUCUACAUCAGCGAGACGUCGGAUCCGGUGCUGCGCGGAUUCCUACUCGGCCUGAUCACGUUAACCCUCUCGGCCGGCAUCUUUGUGGUCCACUUCGUUGGCGUCUGGCUGCACUGGCGAACGACCGCGCAUAUCUGCACAACCUUCGUGUUUAUCAGCUGGUUGACUUGCUUCAUGUCUCGGGAAAGUCCCACGUGGCUGAUCAGCAAAGGCUCGACGGACCAGGCGCUUCAGUCCUGGGUGUACCUUCGGGGAUGGGGAACGCUGAGCGAGUAUCAGGCUCUGCAGAACUCGAAGAACUCUAGAAGAACACCUGCGAAACGUUCGGUUUACUCGAAACUGAAGAGGACGCUGUCUUCUAGACGCUUUCUGUGGCCCCUAGGUGUCUUGACCGUGUUCUUCUUCACCUCCCAAUUCUCGGGGUUCAACGUUGUCGUCUUCUACUCCGUUGACAUGCUGAUGGAAGUGACUGGACCGGAGUACGCUUAUUUAGGCACCAUGAUCAUCGAUGUGAUUCGGUUAAUUACGUGCAGUGUUGGUUGCUAUUUGAUCAGAAUAUGUAACAGGAGGACUCUGACCUUGUUGUCCGGAUGUGGAACAGCUUCCUCUUUGUUUCUAUUGAGUCUUUCUUUGUAUCUGAAUAUCUGCAGACCUUGGUGGCCUGGUUUCUUGCUAGUGCUCUAUAUCGUGUUCCUGACGAUUGGCCUGGCACCUCUGCCGUGGAUACUCUGCGGGGAACUGUUCCCCAGGAAAUUCAGGGGCCCCGGGUCCGGGAUCACUUCCGGUCUGGCGUUCGCGUUCUUUUUUGUGGUUGUGAAAAUCGCGCCGGCGAUGUUUGUAGCGUUGCAGCCGCACGGAACUUUCGCAAUUUACGGUGUUAUAACGGUACUCGGGACGGGGUUCCUGUACCUGACGCUGCCGGAAACAAAGGACAAGACCCUGCAGGAGGUAGAGAGUGCCUUCGAUAGAAAGUCGAGCGAGUUUGACGCCGAGAAUGCGGAGAUCACGACCGAUAAAAAUCGACGUAUCAAACACGCUGAAACCUAGCCCGGAACCUCAACGAGCGUGUUUCCUCCUGGAACUAGACAGUUUUUCAUUCCUCCGCAGUAUUAACGAUUGCGAACUGUGACAUUUAGCUAGAAGCAAGUCUGGGUAUUGAGAGUCACAUGUGUUUAUAAUUAACGCGAUGCUGUCAAGAACGUUUAAGCGUCGAGUUUCUUUUAAGAUAGAGUGACUGGUGUCGCGGUUGCAAUUUUUAUAAUAAGAAAGGCGAUUUUGGAGUUGGAGAGAGUAAAAUUAUUCUUUCUGGAAAUACCGCUUGUGACCUGUAUAUUUGAAGUGUUAAGAAGUGUAAUGGAAAUGUUAUAGUAUCAUCAGGCAUGAAUAAACGAUGUUAUAGGUAUUUUCAGCGCGUAAUUCAUGUAACGAUUCAUUGAAUAUUUUUAUAGCCGAGAUUCCCAACCGCGAGUUUAGUAUUACCUUCGUUUAAGGCUUCGUUCGAUGGCCUCUAUUUUCACUAUCAAUUAUCCUUCUAAUUAGCGCUCAAUCAAUUUUACCAGCGAUAGAAAAUCAGGUUGAAAUCUGAUAAGGAAUAGGAUCCCAUAUCGAAUUCCAACGUGUGCUAAUUAUAAAUUACUGCAAUCCGACUCCUUCAUUCGGUAGUAUUAUCUCUCUGCUGAAUAAUUCGAUUCCUGCGCGUUACGUGAAGAGUAUCUGAUUGAACAUGAGAAUAUUCGGUCUGUAAUUUUUCCUUUAUUAAGCUACCACGAGUGCUGCGCUCCGAAUAUACCGAAUGAAUAUUACGUUCGU